AGGGGCUGAACAUCUCAAUCCGACGUCCCCAACGUCUCCUCUCUCUCUCUCUUCGAGCGAGGGCCCGAUCGAAGCCCCAGAUCAAUGAAGCGCGGCUGAGACUGGAUAGGAGCCCCGCGAAGCGCUCGCGAGGAAGGCGACGAAGCCGCGAGCGAGGGGCGGCACGUGAGGCGGAGGAGCCGAGAACCUGCGGUCGCCGAAUCGUUCCUUCUCUUGUUCCCUCUAAGGAACCUAGGAAAGGUCGAAUCCCGGGGUCCUAGUCGAAUCGCCGCCGGUUCCGCACUUCGAUUCCCCUUCCCUUCCCCGCCUGAUCUCUCGUUUCCCGAUUCAGCGCCGGUCAAUCUCAAGGUUGCUUGUCCCCAUGGUAUGCAUGCUUGGACGUGGGAGAAUGGCAGCAAUGGUGAGGCUGCUUAAGGUUGGAAGUUUUCAAGAAAUUACACGAGAAGAGGCAAUCAAUGAGAAAAUUGCUACUCAAUCCAUAGACAAUGAAUUUCAUGAUGCGGAUGAGGCAAACUUACUUGAAGAAGAAGAUAUGCAUGUAUUUGAUUGUAGACCAUUGACAGAUCCCCUUCACCUGGUUUGUUGCAAUGCUUGUAAGAAGCCAAUUAAAGCCAGUCAGUAUUCAGCUCAUGCAGAACGCUGUGGACCAUCGAACUGCAUGAAUGAUGUUCUGGAAAAAGAUGGUGGUUCAAGCCGUAAGAAGCCUCCAAGGAAGGGGAGAAAAUUAAUUCAACCAUCGAAUGGAAAUCUGCAAAUGACUAUUAUAGAGCAAGAGAAGUCUUUAUUGAUGGAUGCCAAUCAUGUUGGUGGUUCUGCAUCAAACAUUGCAUUGGAUAAUCAUUCCAGAGCAAUUGAUGCUUCUGAGAUUACAUCUGGGGGAUGUGAGUUAGAAAAGAAAGCUUCAAGUAGAAGAGAAGUACCUGGCAAUGCUUCAAGUAAAUAUCAAUCUGUGACAAAAUUUGUUGAACAUGGCCUAGUCAAUAAUCAACAUCAUCGAAGAGAUGCCCCAGCUCCACUUGCAUCCAAAAUUUACUACUCACGUGGAGACCAUCGUCUCCGGCGGGAGCUUUGCCACCUUUUCCAUGAAGCAUAUGCAAAAGAGCAUGGCAGAGAUUUUCAAAGUCCAGAAGAAGCACAGGAGAAUGACAUGUUAUCUUCACAGAUCUCCUCUUCUAGUAAAUUGCCUCAUGGAACAGUCAGAGAUGAUGUCGCUCCAAAUUAAGAAAGAUGCAUGCAACUUGGCUGCUGUUCAAAGCCCUGAUCAGAUUCUGGCACAAACUUCAGACCUAUGCUUUGGAAAAUCAAGAUCACCAUCAACUAUAAGCUUCUCAAACCAAUUUUGUUCAAUCUUCCAAAACCUUAGGUGCCUGCAGCUGCUGCUUUAGCUCCGGCAGGGAUGAUGAGAACCAGAAUCUUUUGACACCAUACUCCUCAUAGGAACUCAGGUAGAACUGUUGUGAAUCUUCCACUCUAAUCUGAUUUUGGAAGUCAGAAAUUGAUAUACAUAUUAAAUGGCAUAUACACGUCUUAUUUUUUUCUAUUCUUGAAGCUUCUAUAACAACCUCCAUUAUCUAUUUCUUUUGCCAAAAUUCAUUACGAGCCAUAGGUCACUUUUUUCUGUGUGCAAGCUCGAGUUCUAUACCGAUGUGUCUAUGUUCCAACAUGAUCAUGUGUCAUUUUUGUUCACGAUGACCUUAGCAUGUGAACUUACCUUCCAGAAACAGGACAGGGUUGAUUACUGUUGAGAAAAUUAGAAUGACUUGAGUCUGGAAUUUGAAUAGGACCAGCCACAUGAUGGAUACCUGGAAGACACAUUUCGUUGCUGGCUGAUUCUAUGACUCGUUCAUUUUCAUUUAUAAUUCAACACAUUCUUCAUAUACAGGAUAUGAAUGUACUAAUUACAUGGAAACUCCCUUGCUAAUAGUUUAGCUUUGCCAGCCACAUUUUCUUUUAUGGUAAAUAUCGUUUAAUUGAAAGAAUAAGAGAAUGCUGUGCCCGUAGGCAUGUGUUGGGUCAUCCUUGCCCAUGCCCCCAUGCCAUGAAUUAGUAAUCCUUGAAAAUGAUGUGACCAUUAAUGUUUUUGAUUCAUGGCCAUUGGCUCAUUGGUCAUUCCGAUUUGCUGGACAUGUGAACUUUAGAUUGUUGACCAGAGUUUACAUGGAGAGUUUCCUGGCCAUUUGUUUAUCACAUAAUUGACUUGGGAGCAAAUUGCCCAUGCUAAUGACAGAGGUCUAACAUCAGUUGAACAAUCGUCGCAAAUAUUCUGUUCUGUAUUGUUGUCCAAUAUGCUGUUAGGGUACUUUUUUUCGACCUGUGUUGUCGAUCUGGAACAGACAAUUAAUGCUUCACUUUUUUUAAUCUUUUUUGCUGCUCAUUGCUGUUCCCUUAGCUGUGUCAUGCAAGAGUGCGUUUCAUUGCUAGUGUAAAAUUUUGUACCGAUUUAUCUUAAAUAUAUAUAUAGAAGCAUAACCUGCUGGCUGUUUUCUAAAUUAAAUUACUUUUUCAAAUUUAUCUAAGACUGGGUUUCUCCAAAGUCAUUUCAAUUUCAAUCUUUAAUUCCUACUAUGAUUUUGGUUGAGAAUUUCUCCAU